ACAACCAUCACAACUCAAGCAACAACAACAACACAAGCUCCAACUACAACCAUCACAACUCAAGCAACAUCAACUCAGGCUCCAACUACAACCACCACAACUCAAGCUCCAACAACCACAACUCAGGCUCCAGCAACCACAAUGCAAGCUCCAAUUACAACCACCACAACUCAAGCUCCAACUACAACCACCACAACUCAAGCAACAACAACAACUCAAGCUCCAACUACAACUACCACAACUGAGUCUCCAACAACCAUGACUCAAACUCUAACUACAACCAUCACAACUCAAGCAACAACAACUCAAGCUCCAACAACCACAACUCUAGCUCCAACAACAACAACUCAAACUCCAACUACAACUACUACAACUCAAUCUCCAACAACCAUCACAACUCAAGCUCCAACAACAACAACUCAAGCUCCAACUACAACUAUCACAACUCAAGCUCCAACAACUCCAGCUCCAACAACCAUAGCUCUAGUACCAACUACAACCACCACAACUCAAUCUCCAACAACCACAACUCAGGCCCCAACUACAACCAUCACAACUCAAGCUCCAACAACAACAACUCAGGCUCCAACUACAACUAUUACAACUCAAGCUCCAACAACAACAACAACUCCAGCUCCAACAACCAUAACUCAAGCUCCAACAACCAUAGCUCUAGUGCCAUCUACAACUACCACAACUCACGCUCCAACAACAAUAACUCAAGCUCCAACUACAACCAUCACAACUCAAGUUACAACAACAACUCAAGCUUCAACUACAACCACCACAACUCAAUCUCCAACAACCACAACUCAGGCUCCAACUACAACUAUUACAACUCAAGCUCCAACAACAACAACUCCAACUCCAACAACCACAACUCGAGCUCCAACAACCAUACCUCUAGUGCCAUCUACAACUCAUACAACACAGCUUGCAACAACCACAACUCUAGCUUCAUCUGCAGCAAAUGCAACUCACAAUCCAGUAACUGUACAUCUACCUACAUCAAACCUGACAACAUUUGCAAGAGUAGAGGUUUCCCUAGUUUCUCUUCUUGAUCCUAAUACGACAGUUAUUCAAUUUGUAGAAGAGGCACAAAAAUUGAUUCAGCUACAUUUGAAUGAGACUGCCAAGAUUACUGUGAUAAACCUUACCACAGUACCAUAA